AUGUCUGCAACAAACGUUCAGCUUGUUAAAUACUCAGCUAAUGGCGUUACAGUAGAGCUUCUUGGUAAGCCAGGCAUGGUUACAAAGUAUCGUGAGGACCAAUGCUCUCUUAAAGAAGCUUUGAUUGAUGAUACAGUCUGGGCCAACUCCAGCAAGGGUGAAGUUGCUGCCCAAGCUGAUCUUGCUAAGCUUGGAUGCUCUGGCCAAGCUCUUUUGGAAUUAAUCAUGAAGAAAGGAAAGUAUUCAUUAACAGCUCAAGAAAAACGUGAAAUUGUCGAAAAACUUCAUAACCAAGUUGUCAAUUUCAUUCAUGAGAACUUCAUCGAGCCAUCCUCAAGAACACCACAUCCAGUUGUUCGCAUUGAAAACGCACUUAAAGAAGUUAAGUAUAAUCUCGAUACAGAAAAGUCUGCAGAAGCUAAUGCUCGUGCAAUUAUUCCAAAGCUCAUGACAAUUAUUCGUUUAGAAGAGUCUAUUAUCGAAGGCCAAGUUGCUGUUCCAAAUGCAAAGCUUGGACCAGUCGUAGGCCUUAUUUACAGCUUCUGUACCGUUAGAAAGGAAGAAUACGGUCCAGAAAACGCUUAUUUCCAGGUUACAAUUACACCAGGCAAAUUUGACGAUUUCAACAACCAGAUUUCAAAGGCAAGUGGUGGCCAAGCUGUUUUCAGUAUUGCUGGUGCUGCUGCUUCUGGCGAAAAGGUCGGAGAGAAGGAAAAUAAGAAAGUUGUCAAGAAAGGCGGAAAAGGCGGUCAUGGUGGUAAGGGAAAGAAAUAA